AUGGACACAGCAUAUUUACCUACUUCUUAUGCCUACGAGGACAAAGACUAUUUCGAGCAAAGCGUCUCUGUCCUCCCUACCCCAUCCUGCUUCCAACAACCUCAACAUGGACAUCUGUAUCCGAUCGUACCUCAGCCCCUGCCCAUUCAAGCUGGAACACAAUUGACGGUAGAGGACGAUAACGGCGCCAGCUCGAAUGGAGUUCGCAAACGUGGUACAAAACGUGGAAGACCAACAAAGAAUCCCGUCUGGACGUUCUUCCGUCGAAUAGACGACAAGAGUGUUCAGUGCAAUAUGUGUGCACGGGUACGUGUGGUAGUGACUGCCUACGAUCACUAUCAGGGAGUUGCCGAAGCGCAAAGAACAAUGCCAAAUGUCCCGUGGAAUCCCGACAGACGAGGCGCAAAACGGAAUCGGCGUACAAAACAUCCAGUGUGGGAACUGUUCCGCCGAACUGUUGAUGGGAACGCUCAGUGUGUGCUGUGCAAUGUGGUUGUUCGGUCACCGUGUUCCAGUAACUUCAUGGGUCACCUGAACAGGCACCACUCCGAGCACUACCAGGACAUCUACAACAGAUGGCUCGAGGGGCGCGUCGACAUGCCGAGCUUACCUAGUUGA